AGGAGCAGCGCAGGUUAUGGGAGUCAGCGUACGUCCCUCAAGACCCAAACCAUUCCCCCAUCACUAACACCAUAUAGUGAAGCCCCAGAACCAACCCCCUACCUCCCCAUCACAAACCCAAUCCCCCUCUCCACCCCCUUCAAACCCCCCAUCCAGCUCCUCUCCCGCCGCCCAAUCCCCCAGAAAACCCUCGUCCGCGAUCCAGCCACCGGUCUCGAACAACUCACCAUCACCCAACCCGACGACUUCGACGACGAAGACCCCGACACGGCCGCCCAAAAGCCCGAAAAUCCCCAAGAGCGCAAGGAGCGCCAGAGGAGAGAACUAGAGGAAAAGCAGCGCCGGUAUCAAGAACAAAGAGCAAAGAUCUUUGGGGACUCAAACCCUUCCUCUGGGCAGUCAUCCCCAGGGACGGUGACGCCCCCGCAGGCCGGGAAUGAUGGUAGGGGAGGAGGACAUAGAGGACGGGGUGGUGGUGGGAGGGGCAGGGGGAGGGAAGGGAACGGGAGGGGCAGCAACAAUGGGCGGAAUACCAACCGGCAACCUCAGCAGCAGACAACUGAACCACCGUCGAGGGAGCUCUUCGACGCGGAAUACUCCCCCAAACCACCCAACCGACGAGGCGGCGGCCCCUCCUCCUCUCAACAGCCCAGCCGCUCUCACACACCGCGUGAAGAAGACCAAAUCACCCGCCAACCGAGAGGUCCAGACGGCAGCGGAAGAGGAGGUUUCGGUUUCGCCAAGCGAGGCGCAACCAACGGCUGA